AUGGAGAAACGGAAGUCCGAAAAGGGAAGGUGGCUCGGGGGGUCGCUCGGAGAACCAGCGAAGCCGGGUGUCCAGGUUGCCAUCCCCACCCACGCCCCGGAGGGCACGACAACCGUGGGCGACAUGGCAGACGUGCAGCUGAACGAGAACACCAUCACAGUACAGGGCCAGAGUCUCUUCUACCGAGAGGCUCUGCCGGCCGCCGGGCAGUCCCCUCGCUUCUCCGUGCUGCUGCUCCAUGGCAUUCGCUUCUCCUCAGAGACCUGGCUCAACUUGGGUUCGCUGACCAAAUUGGCCCAAGCUGGCUAUAGGGCCGUGGCCAUUGACCUGCCAGGCCUGGGUCGCUCCAAAGGAGCCACGGCACCCACUCCCCUUGGCCAACCUGCCCCCAGCGGCUUCCUGCAAGAAGUGUGGGAGGCCCUUGGACUGGGCACUGCUGUCGUGGUCAGCCCUUCCCUCAGCGGCAUGUACUCCCUGCCCUUCCUCACUGAGCACAGCACCCAGCUCCGAGGCUAUGUGCCCGUCGCCCCCAUCUGCACGGAGAAGUUCAGUGUGGCACAGUACAGCAGUGUGAAGAUACCCACCCUGAUCGUGUACGGAGACCAGGACGAAAUGGGGGAGUCCAGCUUUAAACAUCUCCAGCACCUUCCCAACCACCGCGUCCUGCUGAUGAAGGGGGCCGGGCACCCCUGCUAUCUGGACAAGCCAGACGAGUGGCACACUGGGCUGCUGGACUUUCUGCAGGGCCUGGCAUGAGGGCCAACGAGUUCACCCGCAUCUCCCAGUUGCCCAUGUACUCCUCUUGCUGAGUGGAAGUACCUGGCUUUAUGUCGUGAUCAUUCUUGGAGAUGCGGGGACUCCUUGCUGGCCCCUACCACUCCUCUCUGAGUGAGGAUGGUCCAUCUGUCUUGGGCCUAGCUGGACUCUCUUUGCCUCUAUGUCUGGCUGGGGUCUGCUGGAGUUGGUCUGUCUGCUUGGGAUCUGUCUGUCGUUCAUCAGCCCGGGGUCUAGCAGUCUGUCUGCCUGGGAUCUGUCUUCUUGGAGUCAGUCUGCUUCGUUCUCUCUGUCUCUGCCUGGGCUCAUUCUCAUUCAUUCUCUCUCUUUCUCUCUCUCUCUCUCAUAGUGACGAACCAAGGAAGUUAAAUCAGAAGAAUUAAUCUGGUGAAGGGAAGGGAAUCGAGCCUGAUGGAGGGUAAUCUAGGUGUGAAGCUUUCCUAACUAGCCUCCUUUCCCCCUCACCCCUUCCCACAACCUCUUCCCCUUGCCUUCCUCUCUGCCCACAGUUCCGGUUGAGCGUUCCAGAGUGGACUUCUCUGGAAGACGCUGUUCUCUGAGUCCUCUGUGGCCCUAGGGAGUCAGUUUCCAGGGUAAGCACUCUCUCCAAGUGUUUCUUUCUCCAAAUCUCAACCUGUUCAUCCUGGGUUGAGUUCAGUCUCAAAGGAGGCAGGAGACCAGCUACCCAUUGCUUGGGACUUGGAGGAAACCACCUUCCUGGCUUCCUGCUCCUUUCUUGCCCACCACUGGCCGUCAGCGCUUCCUCCACCUGCCCAGCGGUGUCCAGCUAUUUCUAUCUCUAGGAACCUCUGCACUCCUUAGACAGUGGUUUCCAAAAGCUGGAGGUGAGGUGUGAUAGGGUGGGGUGGCAGGAGCAUUUCUGCUUGUGUCUCCAGUCCUCAGCGGAGAGUUGAAAUAAACAGAUGAGACUUCAUCCCA